AUGUGUUGCAUCGCGCCCGUCAAGUCUUGCGUGAUGGGUGCGACCUUCGACGAGCCAGGAACGGCGAUCACGUGGGAGAUGACUCCGACAGGAAACGUAUACCCGGAGAAGCUGAGAGUGCGAUUGUUGCUCGGCGCCGCGCCGUGCGACCACAAGGGGGCCCCGAUCCUCGACCAGUGCCUGAGCUUGCAGUCACACUGGGGGUGGCUGUCCUCGCGGGGACAGGAGUUUAGACACGCCCAGCACGAGGGGGCUCGAGCAGUGGGUCGGGCUCAGAAUCAGGAUCGAUCGAGGCCACUUCUGGACGUGGACACCGACGACUGCGACGAUAGGCUGGGGCGGGCCACGGAGGGAGGCUGUGCAUUGACUGGGGACCAGACAUUCGAGGUCAUUGACGUGCCGCCCUUGACGCCCUCCAGCUUGCCAGUCGACAAGAGUCGCCCGCUGAAGGUGAUGGGGGCUCUGCCUGCCAUGCGUGGGCGAUGCCGCCUGCCAGCAUAUGAUCAUCGUUGGUGGGACGUCAGUGGGCCUAGCAUCGUGCCUAUCGACUCUCGUAUAGAUCAGGCUGUGGUCCUUGACCCGCAGUUCGGGGUGCUGAAGCAGUGUGAACAGCUCGAGCUGAUCAUAGAUCGGAACCUCUCGGCGGACACGGCUGGAUACGACAUCGCAGAGCUGGAGCUAGUUGCGAGCAUCCUGGGAGUCACCAGGCCUCGGCUAGGCCAAUGCUCCAAGGAGUUCAAGUUCGCGGUGGAUCUAGUCUCGGAGACGGUCUGGGACUUGUGGCGGCUCACGGGGCCGUUGACUACCAGGUGGUGCUUACAGCUCAUUCUCCUGGCCGCUGGUCAUCCAAGAGUUCGGCCCGCGGGGUGGAAGUCGCCAGGUGAUUUUUUGGUUGCAGAUCCAGGCGUGUCGGACCUCAAGACAGCCAUGAGGGCUGCGGAGUACGCUCUGACAUAUGACCAAGUCGGCGCCAUGGAGCUGUCGUUCGUGGGCCUGCUGCUCAGACAUCCGCAGCUGGUCGAGUACCGCUGCAAGCACCGUCCGCUGGAGACGGACAGCCAUGCUGGCACCCUGUUGGCUGAAGAGUCCUGGUGCUCGGGGGUCGGCGAGACGCGCGGUCUUAUGAUGCCCUGCCCCUUCCUUGAGGAGCACGUUGCCUCGGGGCCGCUCAUCGAGAGCACCGUCGCUACGGAGUUGCGGGAGCUCAGCGAGGAGAGGAGCCUUCAGGCUGGGCAGGCUGCGCACGCUGGCUAUCAUCAGGGAUCCGGUGACGCUGUGGUAGACUUGUUGCAAUACCCCGACGGGGCCGAGGGGGGGUCCAAGGCCAAGCGAGCCGCCGCCAAGGCAUGUGCCAAAGCCCUGAGAGAGGCUGAGGCGUCUGCCAGUGCGGGGGCUAGGACCAGGUCCGCUACAGCGAUUUCAUCAGUCAUGCAGAUGCUCCAGGCCAACUUGGUCAGCGUCCGUCGGCACGCCCCUGCCGCGGUCGGCAUCUUCUUCGUCGCAAAGAAGGACGGGCGGCUGCGGAUGAUACUGGACACCAGGGCGGUCAACGAUCUGUUCGAGGAGCCCGCGCAUUCGAGGCUCCCCACACCCGCAUCAUGGGCGUCAGUGGAGAUCGGGCUGUCGGAUGACUUGAUCCUGUCCCAGAUGGACGUCGACAACGCUUUCUAUCGACGCAAGGCCCCUCCUGGAGUCGCCGAGUAUUUUGCCCUACCUCGCGUGUCUGCUAAGCACUUUCGCCGCGCCAAUCCCAAGCUGGCCAGCAGGCUCGACCUGCCAUCGUCAUGCUAUGUCACUCCGCACCUGGAGGUCAUGGCGAUGGGCUGGUCUUGGGCGCUCUACUUUUGCCAGGCCAUGGUGCCUGCCAGCGCGCUCAGAGCAGGAGUGCCCCCAGAGGCUUUUCUGCUCGACAAGAAGCAGGCCCCUCACAUCACCGACGGCAAUUUCGGCACUGCCAUCUACGUCUGGCUGCUGCUGGACUGCAGUGUAAGGAGCUCGAGCACGGUGCGGCUCGCUAUCGCAGCCCUCCUGCAGGAGGGGUAUGCAUCUGGCAAGCUGCUACACCGCAUUGUGGGCCAUUUCGCUUGGUCCGCCAUCCUGAGGAGGUGCUUGCUGAGCAUCCCGCACGCCAUCUACCGCUUCGUAGACAUCGCUGGGGACAGUCGCAUCGGGCUUUGCCCCGCCGUGGUAAAGGAGCUUCGCUGGAUGAUGGUGCUGCUGCCGCUUGCUUAUGCCGACAGCAAGAGGCCUUGGUGCCAGUUGGUGUCAGCGUCCGGCUCAGAGGGGGCCAGCGCUGCAGACAACGGGGGGUUCGGCAUAGUGGCUAAGCACUUCACAGUUGACAAAGUGAGAGCUCGGGGCCGCCAGAGCGAGCGCUGGCGGUUCUUUGUCGAGGAUGCCGUGCACGCCCGCCAGCGAGCUCUAGAUGGCGCCGAGAAGCCUCCACUGGGCUCCAGCUUACCAGCCGACGCGCCGCCCGACGAGGUACCUUUGGAGUUGCUCGAUGUGGAUCGAGACAGCAUAGGAGACUUCAACCCGUGGGGCCUGAAGACGGCUGUCGACGAGCUCGCCAGGGCCGGUGCCGGUUCGGGCGCCCCACUCGAGUUCGACGACGCGGACUGGCAUCCAGGCAUCGGGUCUCGCCAGUUGGGAUCACCUGGCGAUUGGCAGAGCUGGGGCAAGGGCGAGUUCUACGAGGACUCCGACUCCGAGGACUCAGACUCCGAGCAGCAGUGCCCGGAGGAGCGUGCCAUUGCCAGCCCCAGGUACUUUCGGGACUACCACGACUCGGGCGAGAAGGUCAUGGCAGCCCUCGAGCACAAUGUGUUUGGGAUCUGCCACGGCGGAGGGCUGGUGCGGGCCAAGAUAGUGCUGAAGGGCUCCAGACGCUUGGCUCCAGGUCUCAGCAGGGCGCUGCCUCUUUGGAUAGGUCAGUGCGAGCUGGUGAUGGCAGCCCUCUACAUGGGCGAGCUGGAGUUCGACCAGUGCCUGAUGUUCUGGCUGUGCAUGUACCUGAGACCGAGCCAGGGCUUGAGGCUGAAGGUCAACACGCUCAUACCGCUGGUGCCCGGCUCAAGCAUGAGGUACUGGGCGCGGUGGUUGGCCUUCGAGGAGAGGCAAGCCACGAAUAUCAAAGAGUUCGAUCAGUGCUGCCUGCUCGACAGCCUCGAGCUGGUGAUCCUGUGCCCGCAGUUCUCCAUCUUGAAGAUUCGCUUUGGCCACGAGAGCGUGUGGUCCUUCGACUAUCGGGAAUUUUCGAGCCUUUUCAAGAGGGCUGCCGAGUUCGCAGGGCCAGGCCAGCCUAUCCUCCGCCAGUGCAUGAUGAGGCACGGCGACAGCGGCGACGACGUCACCCGCCAGACUCGCAGCAUGGAGGCCAUCAGGCAACGCGGUCGCCUGGCAGCGGACACCUUCGUGAAGCGCUGCAGAGACCACGCCUGGAUCCCCAAGUCGUACGUGGGGCUUCUUGAGAGGGCCUGCGACUACGGCAUGGCAGAGGAGCGCCAGUUGAGGGCCUCUCUGUCGCUCCAGGCGUGGGUGCCAGUGCCGCCCGACUUGCGCAGCAG